CCUACGUUGAAUUACUACAUCAAGGGCUUUACUAACGGCCCUGAACUUGUUGCAGCCUCUUUAGCUUCGACCGGUGCAAUAUUUUUUGCAUUGUCUGGUUAUGCCAUGACUACGCGCAAAGAUUUCAGCUAUUUAGGCGGAUUUUUGUUUGUCGUUGCGAUCGUAGCUAGCAUAGCUGGACGUAGGGAU